AUGGCACGCCCCGAGCCCAUGAACUUCCUGGAGCUCCCCGUCGAGAUCCUCAGCCAGAUCCUCCAGCCGCUACUGACUACGCCGGGCCACACGCCCAUCCUGCUCUGUCCCUGCUCGCCCGCCCCGUUCCCUCCCCGGUCCGUCCUGUCCAUCCUCCUGACCCAUCCUCGUCUCCACGCCAUCGCCUGCCCACUCCUCUACGGGCCGAGCAAUAGCUUCCUCCUGGACCUCACGGGAGAGCACAGCUCGCACGUCCGGAGGAGGCGGGAGGUCUUCGAGGCAGGCAGCCAGGACGACGUGUUCCUGAUCAACGACAUUGGGAACUCCCACAGGCACUCCACGGCGGACGGCUCGUUCUUCUCGCUGCCCGCCCAUAGGCGCCGCGGUCCCCUGCUGGCUACCGCGCCCGCCCUGCGCAGGCUCCAGAACCUCACCAUCCGCGUGGACCGGCUAAGGGGCUGGAUCCAGGACGACAUCGUCCCGGUCGUCUCGGACAUGAUCAUGCACGGGCACCUGCAGCAGCUACGCCUCUACCUGGCUACUACGACGCUGGAGUCUCUCCCGUCGUCGUCGACGUCCCGAGCCUGCCGCCCUCGUAUCACAUUCCCUCCUCCCCAGGCGGCAGCAGGACGGCCACCGCUCGCUGGCCUGCUGCGGCUCUUGGCGGACCCGGACCUGGGGCACUCGGGCUUGUGGAUUGAGGGUCGCCAUCACUUUGGAUGGGAUCAAUUCCAAAGCGACGACGCGUCACAGGAGGAGCUGGGGGCGGCGGGUGGGAGCAGCAGCAGGCGCGACGACGACGGCCAGGAUGGGCGAGACCUCGUACACCAUCAGGAGCAGGCGGUUGAGCUUGAUUGGCGCAAGCUGCUGGAGAGCGCAGCUGAGAUGCAAGCUGUGGACUGA